GGGGGAGAGAGGGAGGGAGGGGUGUGUUGUUGUUGUUGUUGAGCGGUGUUGGGGCUGAAGGAGUAAAACCCCCAGUGCCGAUCUUUCCGACGAGGACCCGUUCGCCAAAGAGGGAGCAUAUAUACAUAUAUACACACACAUGUAUAUAUGGGAACUCGUCUGUAACUAACGCCUCGUUCCUCUAAACCGAGUCGAUUUGCGGGCAAAUAAAUGAACUCUGUCCUGGACGCUGUUAUUUUUAACACGAUGGGAACUGAAAACAGCAAGAAGGAUCUGGCCGAGAUUCCCAACCACCAGUUUCCCCAUUCCAGCAGCCUGUCCCCGGGUCACAGCUCGCUCUCUGUGGAGCUGGGCGACGAGGACGCUUCGUUCCAGCGCUCAGUCCCCACCAGGGAAUCGCUCCGAUGCCCCCAAGGCUCUGUGGUCAGUUUCCACAACAUCGAGUACUUCAUCACCAGCUCCAGCCGCCUGCCCUGCAAGCGCAAAGUCAUCAAGAAACAGAUCCUCUUUGGUGUCAAUGGGAUUUUAAAGCCAGGCUUGAAUGCUAUUCUUGGACCCACAGGCAGUGGGAAAUCUUCGCUACUGGAUAUUUUGGCUGCAAGAAAAGAUCCCGCUGGGUUGUCUGGGGAAGUCCUAAUAGAUGGAAGAGAUCAGCCAUCAAAUUUCAAGUGCAUUUCUGGCUAUGUUGUCCAAGAUGAUGUUGUCAUGGGAACAUUGACUGUAAAAGAGAAUCUGUUGUUCUCUGCAGCAUUGCGACUGCCAAAUUCGAUCAGCUUCAAGGAGAAAGAAGAAAGAGUGGAUCAGGUUAUCUCUGAGCUUGGACUGACCAAAGUGGCCAAUUCCAAGGUUGGUACAGAAAUGGUGCGAGGUGUAUCUGGUGGGGAGAGGAAACGGACAAACAUAGGCAUGGAACUCAUUACAGAACCUCCAGUGUUGUUUCUAGAUGAACCCACAACAGGCUUGGAUUCUAGUACUGCAAACGCUGUUCUAAUCCUACUGAAAAGACUUUCAAGACGUGGAAGAACGAUUAUAUUUUCUAUCCACCAGCCUCGAUACUCCAUAUUUAAGCUGUUUGACAGCUUGAGUCUCCUGGCUAGUGGAAGAAUGGUUUAUCAUGGACCAGCCAAACUAGCACUCCAAUACUUUUCAUCUAUUGGAUACGAAUGUGAGGCUUUCAACAACCCAGCUGAUUUUUUCUUGGACAUUAUUAAUAAAGAUUCUACUGCAGUUACAACCAAUGAAAAAUGUGCAAGUGAUUUGAACCAUGAAAGUUCAGUUGUAGAAAGAAAAUAUUCAGCUGAUGAUGAUGUGGAGCAGGUAACUCCAAUGGCCGAACAACUGUCCGAACUGUAUCUAAAAUCAAACCAUUGGCAAGAUGUAGGGGAGACCCUUAAGAAGAUAGAAGCAAGCAGAGAUGAUAAAAAAUCGAACAAGAAAAAAGGACAAUCAAUUACAUAUGUAACAUCAUUCUUCCAUCAACUCCUCUGGGUUAGCAGACGAUCAUUUAAGAAUCUUGUCCGAAGCCCCGAAGCAUCUUUUGCUCAGCUAGCUGUAAUUGCUGUCUUGGGUCUGAUUGUUGGUGCAAUCUUUUUUGGAGUAACCCUUGAUCCCAGUGGAAUUCAAAACCGGAUAGGAGCUCUCUUUUUUCUAACCACCAACCAGUGCUUUACCAGUGUGUCUGCCGUUGAACUGUUCAUCAGAAACAAAAAACUAUUUGUCCAUGAAUACACCAGUGGAUAUUACAGGAUAUCAGCAUACUUCCUUGCACUGUUAAUAGGAGAUCUGUUGCCAAUGAGAACACUGCCUGGCAUUUUAUUUUCCUGUAUAACCUAUUGGUUGAUCGGUUACAAGCCGGUUGUCGGAAAUUUCUUCUUUUUCAUGCUUUGCCUAAUAACGGUGUCGUAUGCAGCCACUUCUAUGUCUUUAGCUAUCAGUGCUGGGAUGGAUUUGGUUUCUAUUGCAAACCUAAUAUGCACCAUAUGUUUUGUUUUUAUGAUUAUAUUUUCUGGCCUCCUUGUGAACCUGCCAAGUGUUGUGGGCUGGCUGAGCUGGCUCAAGUACUUCAGUAUCUCCAGAUAUGGUUUUACAGCUCUGCAGGUGAAUGAGUUCAGGGGACUGUACUUCUGCGAUGGACAAAAUAUUUCUACCUCGUUACCAGAUGCGCUGGCUAAUUGUUCAAGCUCAUCAAAGUUUGGAGGAGUAUGUUAUGGUGAAGAAUACUUGUGCAGUCAAGGAAUUGGAAUUGAUGACUGGGCCAUGUGGGAGAACAUAGUUGCCCUUUUAUGCAUGACCAUAAUCUUUCUCACCAUUACGUACAUGAAACUUAGAUUUAUGAGAAAGUACACAUAAAAAUUCUACAAAUAGGUAGCCUUGCAUCCAGGAAAUAUUUCCCUCUUUCACAGAUCCAGUGGAUAUUGAAACAUUUACCUUGAUACACAUUCACCAAAUAUAAACAGAUUUGAAAAAUGUAAGAGUCCGGCAGUUUACGUGCACUGAAUUGUUUAUAAGUGGUGGAAGUUAUAUUGGAAAGUCACCACUUAAAAAUACAACAAAAAAGAAAGCGUAGAUUUUUAAAGUUCAGUCUCCAAUAGCUAUUUUAUGCUCUAUUUGGCAUGAGUAUUUUAACUUUACUAUAUAUUCAUUCUGAUUGUGGAUUAGGUUGUUGAUUAAAACUGCUGAAUGGAUCAUUUUUAGAAAUGUUUGAAUGUUUUAUUUUCUUCUCAGACAUGGUGUUCAGUCAAUACACCACUGAGGAGGAAAAGUGUUUAUAGAGAAGGAAAAGUUUAUCUUGUGUUCUUUUAUAUAUCAAAAUAGUGUGGAUGAAGCACAUGUUGGAAAAUUCAUGUUGCAAUAUUUCUAGGCCUAGUAUGUUUUGUAAAAUAGUUUACAACUCUUCUAAGUGGAUUGUUUCAUAAUUCUGAACAGUAAAGUGUAGCUGCAUUAAUAAAUUAGAAGAGAAGGGGUCUAGCCCAGGAACUGAUACACUGGUAGAGAUCUAUCCUCUAGUAGAGAUAGUCAUCUGUCAGAAUAGUACAACUAUCUGUCUGGAAAUAAAUGAUUCCAAAUUGCAAUCUGGAAAUUAAAGCAACCUGGAGUACUUCACUUGUACUUCCAGAAAAUGGAAAUGUCAAUCAUUUGUGCAUCAGUGAAAAAAGUAGUUGGAAAACAUGGGACUGCCUAAUUAUCAUGCAAUUCAAUAAUGAGGGGACAUCUACUAAUGGAAGAUUUAUUUAACAGUCAAGCAGCUGUGGCCGGAAUUAUCAUUGUACUACAUUUUGCGGGACGUUGUAGAGCCUCAAUCUAAAUUUCUAUCAAUAUUAGGCUGACAAAUCGCUAUUUCAUCAAUGCUACAAAUGUUCAAAAUAGAAUACAGAUUGCAGGAUGUGGAUAUAUUUUUGGGCCUCUUCAGACAAAAUUAAGAGAAUACAAAAGCUACUUGACAAAUGUGUCAAAUUAUUGUAAUAUUAUAGGUUUCAUAAGGAUUAAAAGAACAGUAAGAUUAAAAUCUGGCAACCGCAGUCAAGGUUGUAUAAAUGGGGGAACUGAGACAGUUCAUAUUGCACUGCAGGCUUGUUCCAGUUACUAUUUGGAAGAUGUGAUUUCAAAAGCAGUGGUAUUUACACCAACUCAGUAUAAUGGUUGCAAAUUGUACUAGACUCAUUCUCUCAUGACUUUAUAGGUCUUAGACUGUUAUUUCUGACUUCCAAGUUGCAGCUAUCAAUUGUGAAAACCAUAUAACUGUGCAUUCCAAAUCCCAAGUCAACAAAGCCCAAAACAAAGAUUGUGAGCAACACUAUUGUUUUGGACUUUCCUGGCUUGUGGUUUACUGUUUUACAAAUCUCAUUGCAGGUUUCACAAUCAAUCUUUGAAACCUGGAAGUUGCAAUUUGCAACUCAACUCCAGAUUUUGAAUACAUUUGUUAAAUUUUCUAAACCAUUGUUUUUAUUGAUGAACUAGAGGUACCCAUUGCAGCUACGCUUGCAACCAAAGGAUCUAAUAGGGAAUCUAGAUUUCAGCGAUACCACUCACAAACCAUUUAACCUGUCAUAAACACUGUGCAAUGAGCUUGUUUGGGUCACAGCUCAUCAAUGACAGAAGAUCAUAUCAAAGCUAUGCCAACCGAAGGGGUGUACGGUGUGAUCGGGCAGGUCCUCGAGUUAUUGCAAGGCUGCCAUGCUCGUUUUUAGAGCUGGCAUUUUCAGGGAUACCACUCAAAAACCAUUUUACAUGCCAUAAACCUGAUGUGCACACCUUAAGCAAGACUGCUAUACAGGCGUCAUGCGCUUGUUUAGGUCAUAGGCCAUCGAUGAUAGGAGAAAGAAUAUGCCCCUGACACUUCUCCAUUCAAGACCUUUCCGAUGAGGUAUAAAUCAUUUUUCUAUGUCAAUCAGUUAUUGCGUAUUUGGCGGACAGAUACAUAGAUAUUUCAUCUUUAUUAGUAUAGAUGAUGCAGCUUCAGAAAUUGCUGUGAAUCCAUUGUGCAACAAUAAACAUUAAUCAGCACAGAACUGAAAAAAACC